UCACGGCGUCUCUCUCUUCUUCUCCGUCAAAAGACCGAUCCAAACCCACCAUGAACGAUGAUUAUGUCGGUCCUCACGGUGCCUCCUCCGGAUUGGAGAUUCUCUCAGGUUUCUGGUGAACAAGUUCAUGAAUGGACCGAAGCUCCUCCUCCCGUGUUUUCGAGAAGAGUUUGGAGAUAGCAAGAUCACAGGCUUCCAGCUCUCGCCUGAAGCUCCUGCUCUUGUCGGUGAAGCAACUACUACUUCCGACUGUCGGUGAGGUAACUUCUCACAAAACUUCUAGUAAUUUCUUUUUCUUAAUUGCACAAACUGGAUAGUAGUUAUGUUAAUAAAUGUGUGUAAGAGUUAGGUUGUUGUUAGUAUGAAUGCUUACGAUGAAUGAUUGUGAUGAAUGGUUGGGUAAAAUGCUUGUUUGAUUGUAACUCUAGGACUGUGUGGUAGUAAUAAAUAUGUUUAGGUACUUGUCUACUCAUCUCAACUCAAAUUAAGUGAAAGAGUAAAUACAAUUACAAGACCCGUAUCUAACUAGAUAUUCUUCUUCUCUUCGCUAUUAAUCCUCCUGCUUUCUCUCUUUCUUUUAAUCUUCAUACACGAUCUUCUUCUUCCCUUUAAUUUAUCCUUCAAUCUGUCCUCCAAUUUAGUUAAUCUUCUAACUAGAUAUUCUUCUUCUCUUCUCUAUUCUCUGACAUUUUAGGAUAUGGAUUCCACGAAUCCAUAUAGUAUGUCAGCCAAUUUUGUUGACCUCUUGAACAGUCAACAAGAGAGUGUCGUUCCUGAACCAUGUCCCUAUGCGAGUUUUCAACAUGUCGGAUCAUCACAACUCCCUGAAACGGCAAGCUUCUGUGAAGACUCAACUACAGAGCGUAGAGAAAUGAAGAAGUGGACAGUCACAGAUGAUCUUGUGCUCAUUAGCGCCUGGUUAAACACCAGCAAGGACCCGGUGGUCGGCAAUGAGCAGAAAGCAGGGGCGUUUUGGAGCCGCAUAGCGGCUUACUUCGCAGCCAGUCCAAAGGUGGAAAGAGGUGCAACGCGAGAGGCAAUUCAGUGUAAGCAACGAUGGCAGAAGAUGAACGAUCUAGUCUGUAAGUUUUGUGGAUCCUAUGCGGCUGCAACUAGACAGAAAACAAGUGGUCAGAAUGAGGCUGACACUGCGAAACUGGCACACGAGAUCUUCUACAACGAUCACAAGAUCAAAUUUAACCUCCACCAUGCUUGGGAGGAGCUGAGGAAUGACCAGAAAUGGUGUGAAGUUGCUAGUAGCAAGAUUGAUGGAACCAGUAAGAAGAGAAAGUGUGAUGAUGAAGUUCAAUCAGAGAGCUCAAAGCAACGUCCACUCUCGGUGAUCAACGCACCAAAUGCCCUCCUGGUGUUAAGUCGGCGAAAGGAGCCUCUGGUAAGAGAAGCAUCGCAGUUGACCAGGCUGCCUCUGAGUUUCAGAAUAUGUGGUCUAUUAAAGAGAAAGACAUGACUGCGAAAGAGAAACUUAAGAAGAUAGGGUUGCUUGAGAGUCUAAUAUGCAAGAAAGAGCCACUUUCUGAAUACGAGGAAGAGCUAAAGAAGAAGCUAAUUAGUGAGAUGUUGGGUAAUUAGUGCAAACUUGUGUGUCGCAUGCUAAAUCAUGUCUUUGUUCUAUGUGUCUUCGGUUGUCAAGUUCUGUUUCUAGUAGCAAAAUCAUGUUAUGUUUCAUGUUAUGUGUUUUAUGUGUUUCUAUUUCAAUGUGAUAUGUGUUUCUGGUUUUAUGUGAUAUAUGAUAAGUUCAAUGUGAUAUGUUUAUG